UCUGCAGAGAUGCUGCUGAACAAGCCGCGAGCAUAAAGGGACAUUUACAAAAACACACUGCUGAUUGUGCGUAUGUCAGAGCAUAGGAUACCUACCCUCGUCCUCAUGGAUGAACAGUCCGCGUAUUUAUACCAUUUGACGUCUUUAACAUGAUUUAAAAAAGCAUUUUGUGAGAUUUAACAACCACACCCGGCGCUGUGAGAAUCGGGAUUGAGUGGGCACCCUAAGGCUCCAAUGCCUGAUCCAGGCUCCUGUCGUUGGCGUUAGAGGACGAGCUAGAAGCAGACCACAGACAGGAUGAGUGCAGGGCUGGAGCAGACAGACAUCCUGUCCACAGGCAUCCUGGUCAAGGAACGAUGGAAAGUAAUGAAAAAAAUUGGUGGUGGCGGCUUUGGCGAGAUCUACGAGGCACUGGACCUUAUGGACCGGACUAGCGUGGCACUGAAAGCAGAGUCAGCCCAACAACCCAAACAGGUCCUGAAGAUGGAAGUGGCAGUGCUGAAGAAACUUCAAGGAAAAGAUCACGUUUGCCGAUUUGUGGGAUGUGGCCGCAAUGAUCGCUUCAAUUAUGUUGUCAUGGAGCUUCAGGGCCGUAAUUUAGCGGAACUGAGGAGGAGUAUGAACCGCGGUACUUUCACAGUCAGUACUACACUCAGACUGGGCCUGCAGAUCCUGGAAGCCAUCGAGAGCAUCCACUCUGUGGGCUUUUUACACCGUGACAUCAAGCCGUCCAAUUUUGCUAUGGGCCGAUUCCCCAGCACAUGUCGGACCUGCUACAUGUUAGAUUUUGGUUUGGCACGCCAAUUUACUAAUUCAUGCCAAGAAGUCAGACCGCCCCGUCCUGUUGCGGGGUUUAGGGGUACAGUACGAUAUGCCUCAGUCAAUGCUCAUAAAAACAAGGAAAUGGGAAGACAUGACGACUUAUGGUCUUUGUACUACAUGCUGGUGGAGUUCUUGGUCGGACAACUACCCUGGAGAAAGAUAAAAGACAAGGAGCAAGUAGGGAAGUUAAAAGAGACGUACGAUCAUCGUCUCAUGUUGAAGCAACUGCCUCCAGAUUUCAAUGUCUUUCUGGACCACAUCAGCAAUCUGGACUACUUUACCAAACCAGACUAUCAGCUAUUGAGGACCGUUUUUGAGAAUAGCAUGAGGACAUAUAAUGUAGUAGAGAAUGACCCGUAUGACUGGGAAAGGAUGAGCUCAGAUAGUUCGCUGAUGAUCACUACUACGACAAACACCCCACAGCACCACACACGCUUUACGCCAGCUCAUAUGGGAAUUGCAAAUGCCUCCUUGAUUCCUGGAGAUCUUCUGAAGGAGAACACCGAUGAAGUUCUGCAGGAUGAGCAGCUUAGUGAUGGGGACAAUGCCCAGCCAGAGGACAUUCCUGGAUCUCCCAACCAUCCUCACAGGAACCAGGAGACUGAUGUCUGGGAGGACCUGGACCGUAACCGCAAUAGAAUCUGUCCUGCUGUCUGGAAGAUUGGCACAGAGGAGGAGCAUAGUAACCAAGGCAAUCAGAGCCCUCAUGCUGGGCCAAGCAUGGGUUCUCCAGUGCGAGUACGAUCAGAGGUGGUGCCCUCAGAUAGAGAAACUCCUCUUUUGAGGAAACUGCGCAACAUCCACAGUUUUGAGCUAGAGAAGAGAUUAACUUUGGAGCCUAAACCUAACACGGAGCGCUUUGUGGAGGCCUGUACUGGUUUGCAGCCAUCUGGUCCAAUGAAGGAAGGGGAUUGUGAUGGUUUCCCUGGUUUAGCCAUGUCCAAGGCAAGUCACACUGAGCGUGUUUGGCACUAUGAUGAGGAGUUCCGUUCUGGUGGUGGCUCACCCAAGCCUGCCUCCCCAGGCUACCUUGAGCAGGGCGAUGAUGCUGCUAACAGCGGCUUUGUUGCUCUAAACCUGAGCUCAGGGCUUCAAGAUGUUGAAUUGUGUGAUUGGGUGAUGGUAGAGAAGGGUUCUGACCUACAGGACUUCAGAGAGAUGGCAGGAAGUAGCCCUGGUUGUGAGGCCAAACUCACUAGUAGCCCAUCAGAUGAGUGUGAAGAGGAGCCAGAGAUUUUGCAGCCAAUGGAUGAAUCACCGGAUAAAGAAUUCACUCCUAAUCCAAUACAAGGAGACCCUCCCACAGCUCUGCAUAUUAUGCAGGGCCCCAAAAGAAUGGACCAGUUGGAGCUGAUUGUGCCCCCUACUGCUGGUGAUCCACCUGUUACCCCCACCAGUCCUGGUGAGGCACUGGCUGAAGGAGCACUCACACAGCUGCCCACCUCUCCUGCCUCCCAACCUGAAGAAUUUGUAGCAAGGACGUGCAGCCCCCUGCACCUGCGCUCCCCCAGCCCACACACCCUCCUGGCCACCCUGUCGGACCCCCUGCACCAGCGCACCCCACCUGAGAUGCGCCGCAGCCAGUCUGCAGACCAUCCAAACCACCCUUCCUCUUCCACCUCCUCGUGCCACGCAUCACUUCCACUACCUUCCCAGCCUGUUGCUACCCAUUCGCCUGGGCGUCGGAAACUUCCUGCCAUUCCAGCAGCAGCCGCAAAUGCAAAGUUUCCUUCAGUCAUACGAAUCACUCGUGCUCAGCUUCAGCAGCUAACAGCUCAGCAGCCCUCUGUGCUGUCCUCCCAGUCUGCCUCUGACAGCAUUCCACUCGAGAGACGUGAUACUGAUAAUUGUAACAAUGAAAUGCAUCUCCAAGACAGCACAGCUGACAUCAACUCUCCACAGAAGCAGGUCCCCUUUCAGCCCACAAGUCCUUCUAAUGUUGAGGUGUAUCCUUUGCUAAAUGGGAACGACCCACAGAAACCCUCCAGCCCACUGCCAAGUCUAGUGCCGUCUCCACGUACACCACCUUCUCCGCGUAGCCCAGUUCUGAUGAACAGACAUCUUACACUUCCAGAUGUUCAGAGAGAUGGCAGCGAAAUGCUUUCAGAACUUAAAGACCCCAAGAUUGGUUCUGUCUUCUCUGACCACUCUAUCGAGCCCAACCUGGAGGAGGAGGGCAAGGAAAACACUCCUGCCAGAAUCUGCAGUCUUACCCUUUCUUCUCCAGCGUCUGCUCCCAAACAAGACCCUAGUCGACGACACAGCAGGAUUCCAGUGCUAGAACCUUCUAGCAUUUUGGAUCCAUCACCGGGAUCUGCUAAAGAGAAGUUGCUGCAGAAGAGGGUUAACCACAUUCCUCUUUCAACCUCCACAUCCCCUUUAUUGUCCUCAGAGAGGCGUGUAAUCUUGGCUGCCAUGCAGCGGGACCAGCUUUCUUCUGCCUCUUCUGAACGCUCUCAGGAUGACGAGUCGCUUUUGGCUUCUCACUCCGAUCAUCAGGGUGAUGAUGCUCCCUCAUUGUCCUCCUCAUCCAGCCCACUUUUACGGAAGAGCAAGAUCCCCCGCCCUGUUAUUUCAACAGAUGGCACAGACACCGUCACGGCACACUUUGUGCCUCGCCCACCACCAGGAAAACCUCCUUGUCGCUCUGCUGUGGAUGGAAGGCUACGGCGGUACAGGAUUCGUGCUGGCAGCACCAGUGACACAGACCUGUUGACCUGUCUGGCCCAGCUAAUGCACGCCAGUUCACCCCACGGCUCUCCACAUCACAGCCGCUGUUCCCCUCAGCACAUUGGCGCAAGGCAUGUGUUCAUCAGUCCCAAUAACGCUGCUCACCACCUCCACCAGCGCAGCUCUAGCGCCUCCCCCCGCAGCACCUCUUCACUGCAGCGCUCCGUCAGCUCCUCCCCAUCCCGCCAUGAGCACCGUGGGGGCUGUCUGGGCCGUAGCCGCUCUCCUCCCAGUUUCUCUGGCUCACCUCCUUUGCGCCGCACUCAUCCUCACAUGCAGGAAGGCUACUGUGGGCGACAGGCCCGCUCCGCUACUGUGCACACUCUAAGGGGCAAAGUCAGCAACCGUGAGGUCAGGUGCUCCAGCAAGCUGAGCAGAUAGUUAACCACAAGUUUCAGUCAAUGAUUGAGGAAGUGAAUGGGUUGAAGGGAGAUCUUUGAAUGAUCAUCUUUGUGUAGCUUUACGAUAAUGUCUACUAAUUCCCUUGGUAAUGUCCUUUUAAUUUCUAGAAGCUCUCUCGCCUUCCGUAUGUCAAUGGCCUAUUUUUUUAAUAUGCUGGCUUUAAUAACACUAAAGUUGUAACUAGUUACAAAUCAUGGGGGGUUAUUUGCAGUGCUGAUUGGCCGGUUCAUUAGAAUAUAUCUAUAUACUAUACUGUGCAAACAUUUGUUGGCACUUGUUGCAUAUUGAGGAUAUCUUAAAAAAUAAUGACAUAAAUAAUUUAGUCCAUAAAUAAACAAAGUCCAGUAAACAUAAAAAAGCUAAAUCAAUAUUCGGUGUGACCACCUUUGCCUUUAAAACAGCACCAAUUCUCCUAGGUACACCUAGACACAGUUUUCUUGGUUGCUGGCAGAUAAGAUGUUCCAAGUUUCUUGGAGAAUUCACCACAGUUCCUCUAUCUAUCUAAUCUCAAUUGCUUCUAUCUAUAUAUAUAAUCUCAUACUGACACAAUGUUCAGUGGGUAGCUUUGUGGGGGACAUGACAUCUGUUGCAGGGCUCCCUGUUCUACUAUUCUAAUCGUUUCUAUUUGCAAAAGUAAUGUUUGGGAGUUUAUAUUUCCUAUUGACACACUAAAGCUGAAGAUUUAAAUAACCAUCUUAAGACAAAUGCUUUUGUGAAACACCUUAUGUGCCUAAGACUUUUGCACAGUACUGUAUAUAUGUAUAUAUAUAUAUUUCUAUAAACAUUCUAGAGCAAUUAUGAAGAUGAUUGUAUGUAUUCAUGAACCACAUUGGGUUUGUCUAUUUGCAUCAAGCACUGCUGUAUUAUAGUAUUUAUUAUGUUAUGUAUUUGAUGCACAUUGCAGCCCUCUCUUGAGUGCAGUGUCGGUUACACUGACAGAUCAUGCCAUCAUUAACUCCCUUUUUACUGUCUCGCUCUUGCUCUGAGCUUUGGCUACUAGCUGCACCUUGAGGUGUCUUGUGUCCAAGGCCUGAAACAUACUCAAGUAUGUGAUUACAGACGCUUCUAGCUAUGCAAGCUCGGUUUCACGUGUAGUUGCAUUCCCAAAUGUGUAAAAAUGCUAAAAUCUUCUAUGGGUAGGUUUUUUUAAUUUCAGCUAUUAUUAUGAGGCAGUGGUUUGAACAGAAUUUGCUGAGCAAGUUAAGCCAGGUGCACACUAUGAUUUUUUUUAUGGUCCUUUCAAUUAUUGCUUGUCAAACUGUAUGUUAUGAUCCUGAUCUUGGGUAAAAAAAAAAAAAAAGCCAUGGCAAAUUGUAAUAAAUUAUGUCAGACUGUGCGAUUCACAUCGUAGCCAAGACUUGUUCCCAGUUGUCCCAAAUGACAGCGCUGACCAGGUGUUUUAUCUCAUCUGAUCGUCAUUAGAGAAGUCACACUGGACAACUGCAACGCAAAAUUUCGGACACUGCCAGAACUUUGUCGUACACUAAUACAGUAUAUUGCAAAUGCAUUUAAUCGGCAGUUGGUGAUUACGUUACACUAAGCAAUCAAAGACUUUGCCCUUUAACAAGAGAAAUCUUUUGCAAGCAAUGAAAAUUGCCUUCCACAGCAUAAUCAUGGCCGAAAUCGUAAAGUGUGAAGUUAGCUACAUAAAUAAUAACAUUCAUCUGGCACAGACAUUGAGGUUACCAUCUCAGUAACACAAGAAUGCAUGCUAAGUCAACGGUGCUUGCAGUGCUUUGUCCAAGCAGUUGUGUCUGCAUUUGCAAACUCACAAUGGAGUAUGUCUCUGGCCUUUAAGAGUUUGUAAGGCAUAAGAGGAAUGCCAGAACAGCAGCUCUUCCUUUUCCAAGAAAUGGUAAACAAUGAAACAAUCAAAAAAGUGUUCUUGUGGUUUGACGUGCCUAAAGUAGGUUUUCUUUGGAAUAUAUAUAUAUAUAUAUAUUACACAGGGCAGACUCGAUCUGGAGUCACAAACAAAACUGAUUGUUUUUUUUGUUUUUGGAGAGUAGCAUGAGCCUCCACAUGCAGAGCUCCUGAUAUCCCACAUCAUUAUACUUUAUAUUGAACGCACCCUCACAUGAGCACACAUUUACGUAUGUAAUAUUAGGUUGUUGAUAUAUUAAGUUUUUUUUUUUAUUGGUCAUUUACUGAUCCUCACAAAAUCUGCACCUGCAGAACUCCUAUGAAUGGCUAUAUUUCACAAAGUUUUACACUUCAUUUAACAAAUUCUAUCAUGUUUAAAUCCAUUUUGCAGAUUUUACCCCAAAAUCAUUUACAGAAAUAAAAAAUCUGAUUUUGUCAGGUCCUAGUUAUUUGUAUUGACUCGUAUCAAAAAGCCCUCAGCUUAAUAACUCUCUUCACAUAUGUCAAAGUCAGUGACUUUUUCGAUUAACGUUUUUAUCAUCAAAAGAGAAUGUUUUAGCAUGAGGGAAAAUUGGAACAUAAACUCAUACAUUUAUGAUACUCCUGAUUACUGAUUCAACAGCCAAUAAUCAUCAACUAACCAUAUUACUCUGUGUUUUAUGUGCCACAUGAGAUGUCUAAUCAAUAUUGAACAAAACAAAAUAGAUUUACUUUCCAAAAGGGUAACCCUUCACAAUAAGGUUCCAUUUGUUAACAUUAGUUAAGAACAUUAGUUAACAUGAACUAACAAUGAACAACACUUUUACAGCAUUUAUUAAUCUUAGUUAAUGGUCAUUUCAACAUGUACAAAUUGAGAUUUUAAAAUGUAUUAGUACAUGUUAACAAAGUUAAUGCACUAUUAACUAACAUGUACUAACAAUGAACAAUUGUAUUUUUAUUUACUAACGUUAACAAAGGUUAAUAAAUACAAAUACUGUAUAUUGUUCAUUGUUAGUACAUGUUAACUAAUGCAUUAACUAAUGUUAACAAAUGGAACCUUAUUGUGAAGUGUAACCUCCAAAAGCUAGGCUGCUAUUUGCUUUUGGUUCAUGCACUUUCACUCAUAUUCUAAACUCAUUUAAAAAAGACACAUAUUUUUAAAAGCAUGCAGCUAAAUCCCUCUUUGCAGUGCAGCAUUAUCUUGCAGAGCUCGUCAUUUUCUGCUUGUAAAAACACUGUAAUAUAGCAUCAAACUUCCACACAAGGCCAAAUCUUUGCAUGAGCUGCAUACAAAUAACCAAAUACUACAAUGCACAAUAAAACACAGCUUACAAGUUUUCAUAUACCUAGAGUUUGUAGCCUGAGAAGAACUGUCAGCCUAUAAAUAUGGACUUUUUUUUUUUGUUUGUUUUAGUUUUUUGGUCUGAUCUGAUUUAUUUUAAAUGUAUUUUAACCUCACUUAACCUUUCUAUCAGCACUUGUAAAAAGAUUGUGUAUAAAAUAAUGUAAACCGUGCUCGAAUGACUAAUAUGCAUUAUGCGUAUGAGGGCAUAUUCUGGCAAGUCAUUUACCAGAGCAUGUGGGAUAUCAGAAAGUGGCAUAAUUUAUGUUAAUACUUUCACUGCAAAUUAAUUAUGGGGACUGAAGAAAAGUAAUUUGUAGCUAAUAUUUUCUUUAAUUUAUAUAAAAAUAGCUUUUCUUCGUUCACUAUCUACAGUUAAUUAGGCAUUGUAUAAAAUAACGUUCAAUCAUUGGUUAAUGAGGCAGACUUAAAGCAGCUAAAACACCCACUCUGCCAUAAGACACUGUCUAGUCAAUCUUUUUAACACCGUGGUUUAUGAGGUUCCAUCCCGGCAAUAAACCUUUUAGUUUUUGGACUGAAGUAGAAAACGGGCAAACUUUCUAUGUUCAUCAUGUCACAGCUUAAUUACAUACAGAAAACAGCACACAUUUUCCCAGGAUUCCUGGAUGUGUUUCUGCAAAAGUUAUGUAUAAGAACUCAAUGAGUACUUAAAGUAAAAGCUGUUUGAGGAUAUUCACUACUAUGCUGAUUAGGGAAAUGCUUUCAAAUAUCUGAAAGUUUAAGCAUGUAAUGGGACACUAAGAGCAUUAAGUGUGCACUGAAGGAAGUUUGUUUCAAGAGUUUCUUUUCUGGAAAAAAAAAAUCAGAAAUUAUGGCAUCUAUUUAACAAAGCCCUUUGCCUUCUGUGAAAUAAAAUGUAUUUCUGGAAAUCAGUUUAAUUAUUAGUAAACCUGCAACUAGUGGAUUCCAAUUGAUAGACUCAUCAAAAACAAAUGUCCACACACAACACACACCUCAUAUCCUCUUUCCUUUAGCAUUCUCCAUCAAUUUCUCUGUACAUGAAACGCUUAAAUGGCACAGUAUUAUGUUUUUUUUAGUAAUGGACUUUAAAGGUGUAUUGUAGUAAGAUUUCCCUGUCUGCAUUUUGCAUCUCUGAAGACCUGAAGUUAAGGAAUUAACAAAACUAAUGUUGCAAACGUUCCAAAUGGGUAAACUACUAAAUCACUGUGGCUACUGUCACAGAUGAGUAAUGAUGUAACUGUUUAAAAAUAAUAAUACAUGAUGAUUUGUUUUGCAUCUGUAUAAUUUAUAAUAUUAUUUAUUUUAUUUGUCAUAAUGUUAAUCAUAGUUUUUGAAGUUAAAUGUACAAUGUACAAAAGAAUGGUAUGGGGGAGGUACAACAUUGUACAUUACUGUAAUUAUUUGUGUUAAGUUGUAUUUCAUAUCAUAAUAUGCCUUGUACAGUGUUUUUAGUUUUGUGCAUUUGUUGUUGUUUUUAUUUUUUUCAUUUGAAAUUGUUUUAUAUUUUAUUUUUAUAAACUUGCAAUGAAUAAAAUGUUCAUUCAGC